AGAAUAUCAAAUACAUAAUCUAUCUUUGUGGUUAUGGGUAUAUUAUCCUCUAGGUACCGAUAUAUUUAUAAGUAGAGUUAUACGAAUGUGGGUGAAAAGCCAUCUCAUAUUAAUCAAUUAAUAAUCGUAGAAUUAUUUUUUGUAAUAGGACUUUUACUAGAAUCUAGCUGUAGGCAGUAUUUUUUUUUUCAAAUGUUUUCAAGAAUCUUAACUAUCACUUGAACUAAAAAGAACUUGAGUAUCAAAUGCAAAAAAAUACCAAUCAGUAAUUUUCAGUGAUUUAUACAUUCAAAGAAAUGUAACUGUUCAGCUCUUUUACAUUAACACAGUAAUUAUACUUAUAAACAAGUACUAUAAUUUAUUAACACUACAAUAAAUUAAUCAAUGAUGAAUAUAUAUAUUUUUCAUAGGAAUGUUAUUAAAAAAAAUUAUGUUAGUAUUGAUUAGAUUUUUAAUGAAUAUUGUAUUUGUGGAAAUAUUAUAUGGGAACAAGUAUAAAUUGUAUAUUCAUAUUUCUACAAUUGUAACACCAAUCAUUAAAAAGAAGAAGAAAAGGUCUUUUGGAAAUCAAAUUUGUUACCUGUAUUUUAGUCCAGUUAUGUAUUUCUAGCUUAAUUAAAAUAAAAAUAACUAGCAGUAAUUUUUAUAUAAUUCUAUGGUUAAAGUUUGAAUGUUAUGAAAAAUAAUACAAUUAAUUUGUUUAUAGUGUGUUGGUGUUCCCACCAGUAAGCAACUACCGGCGAUUUCUUAUUCAUCGUUGUGUUGAACAGUUAGGUCGACCUGAGUUGGUCACCUUUUCUAUAGGGGUUAAUGAUGAGAGGCGGACUGUGGUCUGCUAUCGCCAUAAUCUGUUAAGGUAAGUAAUAAAAAAAACUUAAUUCAUUAGAUAAUAAAAAAAACUUAAUUCAUUAGAUAAUAAAAAUAACUUUCAACAUAUUGACAUAUUGUUUUCUAUAACUCCCAUAUCUUUUUCCACAAACAAAUAUGUAAUUUCAGUGAUGAAGCUUGUGCACGUCCAACCAUGGGUUUGACACAGACUGAAAGAGAGGAUGUCACAAUAUCAAGUGCUGACCCGGCGGUGGGAGGUUGCAAGCCGGCGCAGGCGCAGCGCCGCGUGCAGCCUCAGGAAAAGAUCAGAUCUGGACCUACGAAGCCUAGACGUCCGGAUCGUGCUGUGUACGUGCCGAGAGCGCUGCGGUCGGCAGAUAACAAUUGCUCUGACGAAAAUAAACCUGAAACCAAUCAUAGGCGAACGAGUCAUAGCGCUGACACGCCUAAGUGCCCUAAGUCUCCGGCUCCCAAAGAAAAAAACCGGGAUUUACCGGGAACACCACGGAAGUCGCAGGAUAAAGCCUUCUGCAACGUGUACACGCCGCCUCACCUAAGGAAUCAAAGAUCUCACACAGUUCCCAGUAUAGGCAAUCAAGCGACGGCGAAAGAUACAAACGAAUCUGUGCCUUUAGCUUGCCAAGUGCCAAAUAGUGAUAGUGCAAUAUCGUUUAGUGAUAAUAGUUAUAACGACGUAGAAGUAGGUGAGAAUUUUUAUAUUGGAGAUUAUUUUGCUAACGGACAACUCGGAUUUUAUAGCCCCAAUUAUUAUAGUGAGUACGUCGAUCAAGAGUACCCGCAACAAAACGACUGGGGAACAAAUGAGCCCGACCAAAAUAUGGCUGUAAACGAAUCGAAUGAGAGCAAUAUUAUUGAUAACGAUUAUUUAUAUGAUAAGGAUGAAGAUGUUGAGAAGAAAGAGCUGAAGAGAGCGUCACAAGAGAUAAAUAGAAGUAGCAAACGUAUUAUAAAACAGAGUUUUCAUUCUGAUGUACUAGUCAUAUCGGAUCCCGUGGAGAAUGUAAAACCCGAAAAGAGUGAAAUUGAAGUGUCAGUGGAGAAAACGGAAAAAGAGCCUGAACCUAAGAAGUUAAAAGCUAAAUUGGAGCCUAAAGUUUCUCUGAAAAGGGAAGAGAACGAUUGGGAUGCAGUGUUCGAUGAUAGUGGAGAAUGCUUGGAUCCGUCGUUAUUGGAAGAAUUGGCAUCUACUGUUGGAAAAGUUCACAUAAGUAAAGCCAAGAAUAGCUACGACCAGUACCAGACGAGGGGUCAGGCGUUGUUUAACGGUCCCUACGACGAAACGUUUGGUCAUGUGGUAGAAGUGUACGAUUUCCCUAGUGAGUUCAAGACGAACGAUCUUCUAUCGGUAUUCAGCGAGUAUAAAGACACUGGAUUCGAGAUUAAAUGGGUGGACGACACGCAUGCGUUAAUUGUCUUCAGCAGCGCGAAAAUUGCUGCGGAAGUGGUGGCGAGCCAGCGACCUCUAGUGCGAUGCCGACCGCUGCACGCUGCCACACUAGAAUCCAGAAACAAAGCUAAAAAGUGUGCGGAGUUCUUGCAGCCCUACAGACAGCGUCCGGAGACUUGCACGGCGCUGGCUCGGCGGCUGGUGUCGGGCGCGCUUGGCGUCAAGUUGAGCACCGCGCGGCAAGAACGGGCCGAGGAGCGGCGGCUCAUCACCAUUGCCAGGGAAAAGAAACGUCAAGCAGCCCUACACAAGGAGGCGGCGUGGGACGGUUCGCUCGCCAACCAAUCCGUAGCUGAUAUUUGAGGUAACCGUACACUAAUAUUAUUAUGAUAAACUUUGUUCUGCAGUGUUUUAUUGGAAUAUUUAUUAGCCAGCCUAGUUCAGGUCGGCAACCUGCGCAUCCGACUCUUU